AUGGCGGCCUCGCCUUCAGGCAGGGCGCGAGGGAAAAUGGCCGCGGCCCGCCCCUCCCCGCUGCGGCCCGGCUCAAGAUGCCGCCUGAGGCGUGAGGGCCUGGGUGCCAUCUUGGAUGAGGGCAGCCGGCCGCCGUUGCCAUGCCGACGGGCCCAGGCGGGCAGCGGCGCCCGCGGAGCUGGGGCGAGGGGAAACGGCGAUUUGGCCUCCAAACUCCUCAUGGGGGGCUCACGACAUUUGAGGAGGAGCCCAACCAUGGAGCCCUACGUGGUGCUGGACCCACGACAGAGAGCUCUGUAUCGCGACGUGAUGCAGGAGAGCUACGAGACGCUGAUGGCACUGGACCAUGGGGAGGAAGCGACAGCCCUCGAUCUCCACGUAUCCCGGGACACCCUGGCUGCAGCCCUGGAAUUACCCAACAAGUUUGUAUCUGCUGAGAAAGGAACCUGUGGAGCAGUGGGGGGAAAUGUUGAGAAGGGAUUUAAUCCAUUAAAUAGGAAAGUUUCCAACCCAGCACAUUCAUUUUUUGGUUUUCCUUCCCUUUUCUGUCUGACUCUGCCUACAGAGCAUGGAGCAGGGCAAGAAGCGCCUCAGGAGGAGCCUGCUGAGGAACAGCCCAACACGGACAAGGAGCACCCUCAGCUGCCUGUGAGCCGGAGCGAGAGCCAUGCUGCCAACACCUGCAGCGAGUGUGGAAAGAUCUUCAGCCACAAAUCAGCCCUGGUGAAGCACCAGAAAAUCCACAGCGGCGACCGCCCGCAUGUGUGUCCCGACUGCGGGAAGGGCUUCAUCCAGCGCUCCGACCUCACCAUCCACCGGCGCGUGCACACGGCGGAGCGGCCCUACGGCUGCCCCGAGUGCGGGCGCCGCUUCAGCGUCAGCUCCUCGCUGCUCACGCACCGGCGCACGCACAGCCCCACCGCCGCGCAGCCCGACCGCUGCCCCCAGUGCGGCCGCAGCUUCGCCGACGCCGCGGCGCUGGCCCGGCACCAGAGGAGCCACCUGGGCGGGAAACCCUUCGAGUGUGGCGUGUGCGGUAAGGUCUUCGCCUGGAGCUCGCACCUGGAGCGGCACCACCGCAUCCACACCGGCGAGAAGCCCUUCCAGUGCUCCGAGUGCGGGCGGGCCUUCGCCUGGAGCUCCCACCUGGACCGCCACAUGCGCACUCACAUCACCGCCAGGGAUGAGGAGGGUGUGGAGGCUGAAGAGAAGCCACCACCGGCCCCGCGGAAAUGUGCCGACUGCGGGAAGAGCCUCAACCACCAGACAGACCGCAGCAUUUCAAGGACAAGGGCACGCAGACCCGGCUGGCCGGCACCGACUCUGCGCCGCAGCCCCCACCGCUGCGAGCAGUGUGGGAAGUACUUCAGCAGCAGCUCGGGCCUGCUCAAACACCGACACGUGCACGGCUCCGAGCGGCCGCACCCCUGCCCGCACUGCCCGCGCCGCUUCCGCUGCGGAACAGCCCUGGCCAAGCACCAGCGCAGCCACACGGAGCCGCGCCACGCUGACAGUGCCAAAGCAGCCAAAUCAUACUCGUGUGGGGCGUGCGGGAAGAGCUUCGGGUGGGUGUCACACCUGAGCGGCACCGCCGCGUGCACACUGGGGAGAAGCCAUUCCGCUGCGCGGAGUGCUGGGCGCGGCUUCGCCGUGAGCUCCCACCUGGAGCGGCACCGGCGGGUGCACACGUGUGAGCGACCCUUCCGCUGUGGCGACUGCGGCAAGAGCUUCGCCGUCAGCUCCACGCUGCUGGCACACCUGCGCACCCACGGCGCCCAGCCUGGCCGGCCCCACGCCUGCCCCGAGUGUGCGAAGGGCUUCAGCUCCCUGGCCGGGCUGGAGCGGCACCGGCGGCUGCACCGCGGCGAGAAGCCGUACCAGUGCGGGCUCUGUGGGAAGGGCUUCUCCUGGAGCUCCCACUACGACCGGCACCGGCUCACGCACACUGGGGAGAAGCCCUUCUCCUGCACCCACUGCGGGAAGCGCUUUGGCCGCAGCUCCCACCGCAACCGGCACCAGCGCGCCCACGCCCAGCGCGGCCCCGAGAAGCGCCACGUGUGCCCCGACUGCGGCAAAGCCUUCGGCCUCGGCGCGGCCCUGGCAGCCCAUCAGCGCCUGCACGGUGCCAGCGCCCGCAGCCCCCUGUCCCUGCUGCCGCCCGCAUGGUGGGAGGGUGAACCACGAGGGGGGACGGGCACAGCCCCUGAGCUCUGGCCUGAGGAGCCCAGCUCUGCUUUGCAGAAGCAUCCCACGCCUUCCUCCAGGGGCUGGGUGGCUAAAGCUCUGCCCCUCACUGGGGCCUGGAGGCCUGGGGAGGGGCACAGCCUGCAAAGCAAUGCUGCAGCCCCACCAGAGCCCUGGGUGUCCCUUCCUCCUCCCAGCUCCUGAGGUGGGGCUGGGGUGCUCAGAGUCCCCCUCCUCUUCUGGGGCCACCCCACAGCUCCUGGCCCGGCAUGGGAGAGGGCUUGGAGGGCCCAGGAUAUCCCAGAAUGAGGGUCAGGGUGGGCAUGGGGCUGACACAGUGGGAAGGGGGCACAGAGAGGGGUAGCUGUGCCUGCCAAGAGGGUUUUGGGGGGAGACAGGGACAGGAGGGAUGAGGGUGGAUUAGGGCAGAGGUGGAUAUCAUUUGGGGUGGUGGGGAGAUACUUUUCCCUAUAACCCUCCUCAUCAUCUGCCCUACUAAGAGCAGGGUAAAAGCAGGGAACACAAUUUGGGUGCAUGGCAGGGUGAAACCCUGGGAUUUCUGAGUCCAAACAGCUCGGGAAAGAGCCCUGGAGACCUGUACCCAUCACCAACACUGCUGGGACCUCCCAGACUCUGCUUGGGGUCUACCAAGGACAGGCUGGGAUGCAUUAAGGUGGGAAUGCUGGAGAAGCCAGGCCAGAUUUCCUGGGCUUAGAGUGACAGUUAAUAAAGUAGAAAGUUGAGCCAAAAAGCAAAACCUCUC